AUGGCCAGAAACACAAACUCAAAUAGCGAAUCGGAAACGAAAACAACUGCAGGAGGUAGAAGUCGAGGAGGAGGAGGAGGUAACGCUACUACUACAGGUCAAAAUUCCACGACAACAACAACCACUACAACUACUGGUACAUCAAAUACGACGAAAUCAAACGUUAAACAACGACUCACUGCUGCACAACAACAAUAUUUAAAGGACUUGGUACAAUCUCAUGUAACUAACAAUCAUCCCGAUUUGAUACCAAAACCUAACCCUGCUAAUUUCGAAGAAUAUUCAGAUGAUUUCUUACGUCGAUAUAAGGAUAAUUAUCACUUAGAUCUUCCUGAUAAUUUGACAUUGAAAGGUUACUUGUUAGGAUCCAAAUUGGGGUCUAAAACAUAUUCCUAUAAGAAAAAUGAAAAAGGCAGGCCGGAUGCUAGAAUCACUAAGAAGGCAUUGGCUAAGGAGCUUAAAAAACAUUUCACUUCAACGAAUAUUAAAGAAACUGAAUGUAUACCCAAAUUUGUUUAUAAAGUUAGGAACCAGAAAAAGCAUUUCAAAAUGGAAUUUAAAGGUUAA